GCCGGAGAGCGACCCGGGACAGGGGGGAUCCGGCCGGAGAGCGACCCGGGACAGGGGGGAUCCGGCCGUGGGCCCAUGGAGCUGGAGGCCGGGCCAUUCCCCCAGGGUCUGCCCCGGGGUUUCCUGCACAGUCUCCGGACUCUGUUCGAUAUCCUGGACGAUGGGCGGAGGGGGUCGGUCCACAUCCUGGAGAUCGAGUCCCGCUGGCAGGGCGGCUCUGGCCAGGCACUACCACCGGGGGUGCUGCAGUGUCUGCGGAGGGUGGCACCGGCCUCCGGGUAUCUCACCUUCGACAGGUUCGUGUCCGGGCUCCGCUCCUCACUGCUCAGCCCCGGGAGGAGCCGCUCCCCGGGCCACAGAGGAGAGGCUGCAGCGCACAACAAGGGCGUGUGGAAGAGAAAUAAAACUGACCCAGGGAGGAGCAGUGGGCAGCAGCCGUGCUCGAGAGUGUCUGAGCAGACCCAACCAGUGAUGGAACAUCUCUACCCAAUGUCAGACGUAUACAGAGGUCAUGGGGAUAGGGCUAAAUCACCCUUGAGGGUAAAGUCCAUGAACAUCCCUGAUACCCAGACAGAGCCGGAUCACAGCUCACAGAGGCUGGGCCAGUGUAAAACCACUGAUGUCGACAGUGAGGUGCGAGUGGAACGGAGAGAAGCUAAUAUAGAACCACGACUCCAAGUCAUUGAGCCUCUCGCAUUGGAGAAGCAGAGACAUGUGAAAACAGAUGGGAGGCUCAUGGCCCGCUACCAAAGUGAGACCACCUGUGGUGGAAUAGUAUCCAGCUGGAGACAGGGGCGAGACCGCAGUGAACUCCGGCGUCACACCAUAACCAGCGGGGUCGAUUACAACCGGCAGCUCAAGUGCAUGAAGGAGCUGGAGCUGGAGAAGGAUGCUUUGCUGCAGGGUCUCGAGAUGGUUGAUUGUGCCCGAGGCUGGUACAUCCAACAGAUCCAGGCAAUCCAGGACCGCCAGAAGAACAUCAGCAAGUCGCCCAGUGGCAAUGGUGAAGUUGUUGAAGGGAACUCAGUACGAUUGGAACAACUACUGUCCAAACUGCAGGAAGUGAGGUGCUGCCUGGCUGACCUCACCUCCUGCUCAGCCAAGAGACUGGUGAGAUGGUCCACCAAGGUGAAUGGGUCUGAGUGCCAUUCCCAUUGCAGCGUUCCUGGCGUGGGGAACAAUCUACAGAUGAUCUUAAUGCUGAAAGAGCAAAACCGACAGCUCACCAAGGAGGUGAGUGACAAGAGUGAUCGUAUUACUCAGCUGGAACAGGAGAAGUCGGCCCUUAUCAAACAGCUCUUCACGGCUCGAUCGCACAACCAUCAAGAGAGCAGCCAACUGGAUUCCACUUUCAUCUGACAUGGACUGAAGUCUGUCUGCGUUUGGGACUCUUCUCUCCCCCGCCCUCCCCCUCCCCAAGGAGAUGGGCCUGACCAACACUCCCUGACUGGCAGCUACCUUCCUCACUCACUCCAGCUCAACUCCAACUCUGGGUAUGCAGAUGCAGACUGGGAGUAGCUAGCACUUUACAGACAGUUCAAUUGCUGACAUUGUGUCUUCACCCUACCCCUGGAAUGGGCCUUCUAAACAAGGCCAGCAAAGCUGAACCCCACACUCGGUUUGUCAAGGUAUAAGGAGGUUCUCACUGCCAGUUGUACAGAGAGGGAUGGAGGGUGUUGGAUAUUGGCUGUGAUCCAAUCCCCCCUCUGUCUCUGUGUGUCUCUCUCUUUGUCUUUGUGAAACCCAGAUAUUGUUUACAUGUACCCGUCUGGGCUUUUCAAGAUUAUAAUCUCUCUCCCUCUCUCCCCCUCUCUCUCUAUCUCUCUCUGUCUGUCUCUCUCUCCAAGCUGGGGAUGAGAACACUGCAACAUACUCCAUUUUGAGUUUACAUUUUUUUAUUGUUGGCAAUUCUUGUGAAAUGGUACUGGACGAAACCCCCUACAUCUCCUCAUGGUGGGAGAUAACUCGGGUGGAGUUCCCAUGGCAAUGGUAGUCUCUGUUUUAUAAUAAAGUUCCUCUUCCUGUC